AUGAUACUGUGCCAUACUUGCUUGCAAAUAGCGCCGGCCGCCCUCGUCGAUAUCAGUAAUGUUGUCCUUUUGCUCAAUAAUCCGGCCCAGAGUGGCCAGGGCUCCGGACCGAGCACGGUUAUCAAGAACAUAUCGGCCAUCUCAAAUCAAAUGGCCUACUCGUCGCGGUUCACAGAGAACCUUGUAACUCUGGCAUCGUCAUACGUUACCUCGUCCCAAAAUAUUCAGGGGCUUCUUUACGUCCCUGACCUGAGCCCAAAAGACCCAUGCCAGAAGAGGGUCGCGUCUAUGGUGCCCUCUAUGGUUACCCGUCGGGCCAAUCUCCCACCCACAUCUUUUAACCUCGUUGGCCUCGCGCCGUGGAUCAGCACUGAAUGCACUCGGUCAUACCUCGCGUCUGCGCGCGUGGACCCCAUCCGUGCUUUCAUCUUCUACCGGGACACAAACAGCACUGAUGCCCCGCCCCCUGCAGACGCUGACCUGUGGGACCUGGAUGAGGAUGACUCCUGGAAGCUUCAGAACAGGUUUCCCGUCUUUGCCGUCCCAGGCCGCAUUGGCGCCGAGAUGAUGACCCAACUCAGCCUUUACAGUGGUAACAUCACCACUGUGCCAUUCGGUGACGAAAUCUCCACCAUGUACGACCCGAGAGAGGAGGAUUAUGUAAGGAUAUGGACGACCAUGAACGUCAACGUCGACACAUCCUUCAACAACUUUUGGAUCUCCAUACCUAUAUUUCUCGGCGUCUUGGUCGGGAUCGUUCUCGCAACUUCUAUUUUCUUGCACUGCGUCGCCCGUAAGAGACGCUCGAGCUUGCGAAAGCGAGUACAGACCGGCGAAGUUAACCUCGAAGCACUGGGAAUCAAGCGGGUCAAGGUACCGCUCAAUCACGUGCAGAACUUCCCAGUAUUCACAUACGCAAAUCACUACGAUAACCCACCGCCAGGAUCGCCAACCACCGUCUCCGCGCCGUCAUCAGUAGAGCAGGCAUCGUCGUCCACGAGCCAGGGAUUGAGCAUUCUAUGCGAUCAACCCGAGUGCCUGAUCUGCCUGCAGCCUUAUGUCGACCGGGAAACCAUCAUCCGCGAGCUUCCCUGCGGACACAUAUUCCAUCCCGACUGCAUAGACGAGUUCUUAUCCGAGUUCAGCUCCCUGUGCCCUCUCUGCAAAACGUGUAUGCUACCCAAGGGCUAUUCCCCACGCAUCACAAACAACAUGGUGCGCCGUGAGAUCGCCACGAGGAAGCUGCGUGAGCGCAUAGUCAUCAGUGACGAUGAGGAACAUUACGUCGGCAGCAGCACCGACAAGAAGCCGGGGCUCAUUUGGGGCAGCACAAGAAAGAAGCCCACACCUCGCACACAGCCAACGAAUCACGACAGGGACACAACCCAGCCUGGCGACGGUCUGGAUGCUGAAGGGAGAGCGAGUCCCGGGACCCGGACGCGGCGAAGGAUGAGGGAGCUCGCGGGACCAGAUAUCGAGAGUGGCCUACCCAACAGCCAGGCUGACCAAUCGAUCUGGCAAAAAACCAAGGGCACCAUAUUUCCCCAGUUCAAGGGAUGA